UCGGCGCCGCGCCGCGCCACGGAGGGUGUCACGAGACCGCCUGGCGCGCACAGGCGCAGCCCCCCGUGUCGUCUUCCUCCCUGGUUCCUUCUUGUCACCGGGACGGGCGAACCUCUUUCCCGCGCGUCUGCACAUGCCAUUUUCAGCUUCCAUCAUCACCAUCACUACUAUUCACUACUUGGCCUAGUAGCGACCGAGCAGUGCCCACUCCGUUGCUGCCUGCCUGCCUGUCCGUCCUAGCUAGCAUCCUACGCUCGCGUGUAGAGAGGGUGAACUGGCGAAGGGCUGAGCAGAGAGAUGGAGGUAGCAGAGGCCGGCGUCGACGGCGUGGCGGGGAGGCGGCAGCAGGAGGAGGCGUCCGGCGCGGCGCCGUUCGGCAGGUCCUCGUCGCUCAUCGGCGCCGCGGGAUUCGACGGCGCGCUGAGAGAGCUCAAGGACCUUCGCUCCCAGCUGCACCAGACGGCGGACUGCUGCGAGAAGGCGUUCCUCGACACCGAGAAGAAGAAGCUAAUUCUGGAGAGCACGAAAGGUUACAUCUGCGACGCGAUUGUAGCGGUGAUUGAUCAUUUGGGGACCGUCUCAUCCAAGCUCGAGCAACAGCUGCAGGAGAAGAUUGAGAUCACACAAACAGAGAAAAAGCUCAACUUCUUGAAGCAGAGGCUCCUGACAUGUGAACAGUAUGCAAUUACUCUCAAACUAUUGACCGUACGUGGGGACAAUGAUGCCAUUCAGUAUCAUCGCCGUUACCUCUCGCAAUCUACUGGAGGAACCAAAGAGGAAAAUGGUGCUAACUCCAGGAAAGAUGAUGUAAAAUUUGUGGAGUACAACAGCCCAACCAUACCUGGAGCAAUUCUUACUUUCAAGCCAUAUGAUAUUCAGUCAACCAUUGGGAGAGAACGUUCGGUGGCAACUACAGACUCUGAAAGCCCAACAACGGAUGCAAAGAGUUCAUUCUCUUUCAGAGCAGAGGACGUUCCCAUUGUUCUAGCUGAACACAGGAAGAAGGCAAAUCAUGGCAGCAAUAUCUUGUCAUUUAUCAGGAAAGGUAGACGGCAUGCGUAAGAGCCAAAAGCGCCACCGGAAUAGCUCGAGACUGGAUAUAUGCACGCAUACUUUAAUGAAUUCAGUAUUGAUUGGCAACAAUGUACAACCUAAUAUCACUGAAUCCCCAAUUUCUGUCAAACCAGUGUCCAUUGACCAUCAUGUAUGUUUAGCUUUGCAUUUGUGCCAGCAGUAAAUUCGGCCCGAUCAUCCUGAACAUGUAACAAACUUGAAGGAUCGAGCAGUAAUAUCUGCUUGGAAAGCUAGUUUUUCUUCCCCUCUACAAACUCUCAAUAUCAUGUAACAAACUUUAAUCUGUCUCCUUAUUAUCAAUGACAAAGAUUCAGGUGAGGAAUCUCUCCCC